AUGGAAGUUGAUCCAGAACUUUCGAUUGGAAGACAAGCUUCCAGAGUGUCCCGGGUAGACCAACAUGAUGAACAGGAAUUGGCAGAGUUUGGAUACAAACAGGAAUUGAGGAGAGACUGGGGUCUUAUGCACAACUUUGGGAUUUCUUUCAGUAUCAUUUCCGUCAUCACUGGGAUAACGACACUGUUUUCUUAUGGCUUGAUCACCGGUGGUCCUGGAGUUAUGUCUGUUGGAUGGAUAAUUGUAUCCGUAUUUACUUUCAUGAUCGCUUUGAGCAUGGCAGAAAUUGUCUCUGCUAUACCUACAGCUGGUGGACCAUAUUAUUGGGCAGCCCUUCUUGCGCCGAGAAAUCAUUCGGCGUUUGCUAGUUGGAUUACUGGUUGGUUCAACUUCCUCGGUCAAGUUGCCGUCACUACAGGAAUUAGUUUCGGUCUCGCGGGUCUCAUCUCAACAACUGCGACAAUUAAAUCAUCAUAUGUUCCAAGUGCCCCAAGAACAAUUGGCAUAUAUGCAGCUGUUCUCAUUUCUCAUGGCAUCGUCAAUACCUUUGGUGUUCAUGUAUUGAGAUACCUAAACAACACAUCCAUCGCACUUCACUCAUUGGGCGUAACUGCGAUAGCUAUUGCUGUUCUGGCAAAAGCUCCUACUCAUCAAAGCGCCAAGUUUGUUUUCGCCAAAUUCUACGACGGAACAGGUGUAGAUCCAAGUCCAGGAUGGAGUGUUAGAGCAUCUCCAGCAUAUGUGGCUUGCUGUGGUGUUCUCAUGGCUCAAUACACGCUCACUGGGUUUGAUGCAUCAGCCCACUUGUCUGAAGAGACUCGAAAUGCGUCUUGGAGUGCACCCAUCGGUGUUAUUUCUUCUGUUGGGUUCUCGGCCCUUUUCGGAUUCUUCGUUAUAUUGAGCUUCUUAUUCAGUAUUCAAGACUUUGAUAACACAAUUGCAAGUGAUUAUGGUCAACCAGUUAUUCAAAUUUUCGUUGAUAUAUUUGGAACCGAUGGAGCGGUUGUGUUAAUGUGUCUGAUCAUGAUUUGUGUCUGGCAUUGUGGGCUCUUUUCGAUGACUUCAAACUCGAGAAUGAUGUUUGCGUUUGCUAGAGACGGUGGAAUCCCUGAAUUUUUUCACAAAGUCGAUGAUCGUUUUCAAUCUCCCAUUCGAACAGUUUGGCUCGCAGCAACUCUUGCUUUCUGCCUAGCACUCCCAUCUCUUGGCUCCAGUGUAGCUUUUGCUGCCGCGACUAGUAUAGCUACCAUUGGUCUGUACAUAUCAUACGGAACCCCUAUUCUCAUCGGUCUCAUCUAUUCAAAGGAGUUCAACGCUAGGAAAGGCCCAUUCAAUCUUGGAAUCUUCUCAAAGCCAGUCGCUUUCAUUUCUGUAUCCUGGAUAGGGUUUAUUACAGUGAUCUUUUGUCUCCCUACGACCAAUCCGGUAACAAGUCAAACUGUAAACUACACCGUAGUGGCCGUGGGAAUUAUUGCUAUCGGGGCCUGUGGAGCGUGGUUGGUUUGGGCCAGGAAAUGGUUUGUGGGACCUAUGGUCGAGAUUGAGGCUGCUGCACGCUUGGGUAUCAAUCCCGAAGAACCUGGUGCUUUGGAGAGAGCGGAAAUCGAUGGCAAGAUUGAUUUACAUAGCGGCGUGAAGAGCUCAGAUUAGAAGCUUGAAUGGAGACGAAUGGAAUUCGUGGCCAUACGAAUAAUGGAUAUACCUCGAUAGAACGAAAGCCCACGGAGAACAAAACUUAGAAAUACAUGGCAAUUCAUCACAAUUCCACGAUUAGAAUUCAUUUCACCAUGCCGCAAUGGAGUCUCGAGUAGAGGAAACCUAGGUGUAAUAUACUGCAACGUACGAUAUGCGGUAGAUCCGAAUUUCUGCGGUAUUGACAAAGCACAGGUAACUCGGAGUUGUUUCGGAAUAGUCGCUUUGAUCCGGAUCAUUAAGGAUGGAGAGUGAGCACUGAGAAGCAGGCAAAUAAAGUCUAGAUAUAUUUUUCAAACUGACCUCAUCAUACUUUACAUCCGAGAUCAAAAGAAGCAAGAGGUAUAAACAAACAAUAUAUUUGAAUUCAAUG